AUGCCUCUCUACAGUCAUACGGUGAAAUUUGUGAGUCACGGAGCGAACGGCGCACAGACUUAUACCUGCGCUGCACGUCAAUCAGGUCGAGAAUUAAACUGGAACAACGGAGUACACGUUACGAAGCAAUCACCGAUUCAGUCUAAGGUGCAGCAAGUCCUCACUACCUAUCGGUCUGUACUGUCGCUGCAUUUCAACCAUAGCAUAAUCCUGAGAUUGAAAUUGCCUGAUGACUUCUACCUACCACUCGAACCACUCUGGACAUAG